AUGAGGGGCUUUGUCCUCCUCGCCAUACCAGGGAGCGUGGCUCCGUCCAGAGAGGCACCACAGGGGAACGGGACGCGGAAGCUGUCGAAGACAGAGCGGCAGCGAUUCAGCGAGGAGGUGGGGAUGCAGCACCCCAACAUUGUCCGCUUCUACGACUCCUGGAAGUCGUCCGUCAAAGGCCAGAUCUGCAUCGUGUUGGUCACCGAGCUCAUGACGUCCGGCACCCUCAAAACUUACCUGAAGCGGUUCAAGGAGAUGAAGCUGAAGGUGCUGCAGCGCUGGAGCCGGCAGAUCCUCAAGGGGCUGCACUUCCUGCACACCCGCUCGCCCCCCAUCAUCCACCGUGACCUCAAGUGUGACAACAUCUUCAUCACGGGUCCCACAGGCUCUGUGAAGAUCGGGGACCUGGGCCUGGCCACGCUGAAGCGAGCCUCCUUUGCCAAGAGCGUCAUAGGCACCCCCGAGUUCAUGGCACCGGAGAUGUACGAGGAGAAGUACGAUGAGGCCGUGGACGUCUACGCCUUCGGGAUGUGCAUGCUGGAGAUGGCCACCUCCGAGUACCCCUACUCCGAGUGUCAGAAUGCCGCCCAGAUCUACCGCAAGGUCACCUCGGGCCUGAAGCCCAGCAGCUUCUACAAGGUGAAGGUGCCAGAGCUGAAGGAGAUCAUCGAGGGCUGCAUCCGCAUGGACAAGAAUGAGAGGUACACGAUCCAGGACCUGCUGGAGCACUCCUUCUUCCAGGAAGACACGGGCGUGCACGUGGAGCUGGCCGAGGAGGACGACGGCAUCAAGUCGGGGCUGAAGCUCUGGCUGCGCAUGGAUGACACCAAGAAGCUGCACGGCAAGUACAAGGACAACAAUGCCAUCGAGUUCCUCUUUGAGCUCUACAAGGACGUGGCUGAGGAGGUGGCCCAGGAGAUGGUGGUCCUGGGCUUCGUCUGCGAGGCCGACUACAAGCUGGUGGCCAAGGCAGUGCGGGACCGCGUGGUCGCCAUCAAACGCAAGCGGGAGAAGGUGAAGCGUGCCCAGGAUGUGCCAUCGCCUCCAGAGCAGGAGCAGCCACCAGGCGUCCUGCGGCUGCUGGAGGAGCUCGAGUCCCCACGGCGGCCCGGUGUCCCCCCACCGGCCACCCCCGGCUCCGGGGACUCUGUCUUUGGCAGUGCCUUCCCUCCGGAGCCCGAGGAGCCUGAGGCUGACCAGCACUUUGCCUACCGGCACACCAGCUACUCUUCGGCCACUUCCGACUGCGAGACCGACGGCUACCUGAGCUCCUCGGGCUUCCUGGACUCCCCAGACCUGGCCCAUCGCAGCUCGGACCGGGUGGUGGAGUGCCAGCUGCAGACCUACAACAACAAGAUGGUCACCUUCAAGUUCGACCUGGAUGGGGACAACCCGGAGGAGAUCGCGGCCGUCAUGGUCCACAACGAGUUCAUUCUCAAGUCGGAGCAGGAUGGUUUCAUC